AAUUGAAAGUUUUGAUUCCGUCACUCACACUAUAAUGAAUCAUAGCUUCCAACUUCAAGUUCAAGCUAUCAUCGCCACCUCUUUUCGCCAACGCCACUUCUCCUUUUCUUCCCGUUACACUGCCUCGAGGGUAUCAUUUUCUAGUUUUUGUUGCGGGAGAAAUUCAGAAAUGGAGGAAGUGAAGGUUGCUUCGGACUUCUUGGUGGGUGACCCUGCGUUGUUGGAGAAGAAAAUUGAUGCAAUUCGUUCGGGUGGUCCCCAGAAGCUUCAGGUGAUUGCUGAUUUUGAUGCCACGUUAACUAAGUUUUCGGUUAAUGGAACUCGUGGUCAAAGCAGUCAUGGCCUUUUGCAGCAGGGUAAUCCAGAAUAUGAUGCCAAAAGGCAGCAAUUAUAUGAAUACUACCAUCCAUUAGAAUUUUCACCGACUAUUGGACUUGAAGAGAAAACGAAGCUCAUGGAAGAGUGGUGGGGAAAAACACACGCUCUGCUUGUUGAGGGAGGACUUACAUAUGAAUCAAUAACACAAUCUGUUGCUAAUGCUAACAUAGCUUUCAGGGAAGGUGUCUCUGAACUUUUAGAGUUUCUGGAGGAAAGAGACAUUCCUGUGUUAAUAUUCUCUGCAGGGCUCGCUGAUAUCAUUGAAGAGGUCCUAAGGCAGAAACUUCACAGAUCCUUCAAGAAUGUGAGGAUAGUAUCCAACAGAAUGGUAUUUAAUGACAAUGGCAGCCUUGUAUCAUUUAAAGGAAAAUUGAUUCAUAGCUUAAAUAAAAAUGAGCACGCUCUUGAUAUGGCAGCUCCUGUUCAUGAGAGGUUUGGUGAUUUGGAUGGUCCUACUGAUGACAAUGCCUCAUUGAAGAAGAGAACCAAUGUUCUCCUUCUUGGUGAUCACCUUGGAGACUUGGGAAUGUCUGAUGGUUUGAAUUAUGAGACCCGAAUAUCCAUGGGAUUCCUGAACCACAACAUUGAGAACUCACUCAGCUGCUAUCGAGAAGCUUUUGACGUUGUUUUUGUGAAUGAUGCAGCCAUGUGGGGAGUUAUCAAAUUGGUGUCUGAAAUCUGUUCAAGUGGUGUUUGAUUAUUUCAAUCUCAUUCUUUUUUGCUUUAUAUUAGGAUUCCAGUCUCACAAUCUCAACCAUUCAGUGUUUUGUUUCACUGAAUAAUAUAACUUAUGUAGAAGACUUCUGGAUUGCAUAUUCUUAAAAUAAAUCAAAGGACAAUGCCACCUUCACAUGUAA